UAUUAUUAUUAUUUAAUAUAUAUUAUUAUAUAUUUUUAUAUUAAAAUGAUUCAACACACACUUAAAUAACCGGUGCGACGGACAACGGUAUCACGUCGCUACACAUAAUAAUAAUAUAUUAUUGUUGUUGUAAAACACGUACAAUAUUAUUAUACACAUCGUCGAUAUUCGUCGGUUAUAUCGUACGGGCGGACUUGAUUUUAUAAUUUGAUUUGAUUUUUUUUUUUUUUUUUGUUUUUCGACAAUUCGCUGAUUUCAAUAAUAAUAAUAAUAUACUCUGUUCACUUAAACUAUAUACACUAUCGUAAUACGUACAUAUCUCUAUAUUGUGGUCAUACACGCCGUUUUACCCGAUUUCCGUUGACACGACAUAAUAUCGUUUUCAUUAAAACUCCGGUCACGAUAACAAUAAUAUAUUAUAUUAUCGGUUUUUUUGUUUUUCCGCCUUUUCUUCUUUUGUACAAUACGCAUACAUUUUUUUUUGUUUCUGUCUUCCGACGCUCACGUUUUGAUUGUACCUAUAUAUAUAUACAUCAUGGCGUGUACAAUAAUGUAACGCGUACGCAACUAAAUACACUAUAUACACGUUACACUGCGAUAUCGACCCGAAUGAAGGACCUUAGAAUAAUUACUGUCUUACUCGUUAUUAUCACGCCCGGAGUCGUCGGUACUAGUACGGAAUGCUCAGCAUAUCAAGCUCGGUCCAUUUACUGUUACGAGUGCGACAGCGCCAAGGACCCGCGAUGCAAAGAUCCGUUCAACUACACGGCCAUGCCUCAAGACCAACCGCCACUGGUCAGCUGCAACGGAUGUUGCGUUAAGAUGGUGCGGUACGUGCGAACGUCGUACGAGAGCAUCAAGAGGACGUGCACGUCGCAGCUGCAAAUCAACCUGUUCAUGGUGGACCACGUGUGCAUGAUGGAGGGAACGGGCACGGGACACAUGUGCUUCUGCGAGGAGGACAACUGCAACGCGGCCACCGGACCAUCGUCGGCGACCGUGUCCGGCGCAGCAGCCCUCGCCGUGUACGCGCUGCGACAGCUGUUGCACCGGUAGACGCGCGGGUCCGACACGGCAUUUGUUUUCGUCCCGCGUUUAUUUCAUCGAUUUUUAUUUAUGCUCCCACCCCCCCCCCCACCGCCAACCAACCAACGAGUGUAAAAUUGUUGUUUUCAUUUGUAUAAUUUCACACACGACGUCCCCCAUCAUAUUAUGCCUAACUGAUAUAAUAUAAUCGAAACGAUAAAAAAUGCCAUUUGUCAGAGUUCGCGAUCACGCAAGAGCCCCCGCCGCCGGCGGACAGAAUAAAAAAACCAUGUCGCCGUCGUUACAAAAUAUGUACAGUUUGUAUAGACAUAAACUGCGUGGCGGCAAAUACAUCACAAGUUAUACAGAUCAAUAUGCCGAUUUUUUUUUUUUUUAACAGAAAAACAAUAUUCAUACAGUAUGUCAGUAUAGUUUUUUUAAUAAUUAAUAAUAUAUAAUAAUGAUACAAUGAAAUCAA